AUGGCCUUCCCGAGGCGUGCGCUGGUCGCCAUUCAGCGUCUCGAACUAUUACGCCUAGAUUUAGGAGUUCGUAACCUCAAUGCCUAUUCUACCUCCAGCCAGGGGUCGCACCUCGAGGAUCUUUCUGAAGCCAGGAGGUGGUACAAAGAAACCUUUUCUACCGACCCAGAUUCAGCUAUCCCUCAGACGUUGGGGGAGAUCAGUUACAGCAGAUCUAGUGGGCCCGGCGGGCAAAAUGUGAAUAAAAUAAACUCGAAGGCGCAGCUCCGCGUACCAGUCGGUCAGCUCUGUGGCCACCUCCCAGUAGCCCUGCACCCUGGGAUUCGUGCUUCGCGUUACUAUGCCGACAAGACCGACUCGCUCCUGUUCCAGGCCGACGAAAGCCGCAAAGCGACGAUCAACAAAGAUACCUGCUAUCGCAAACUGUCAGAACUGGUUCGCGAUGUCUAUCGGGCGGCUGUGCCAGGCGAAACAUCUGACGAGCAGAAAGAGAAGGUGCAGAAGCUCAAAAAGUCCGAGAAUGAAGCACGGUUGAAACUUAAGAAGAAGCAAUCGAGUAAGAAGGCUGCACGGUCGAGGAGUUCUGAUGAUUGA